AUGGGCAAAACAUCCAAGAGAAAUCCUGGCUAUGCUCACCAGGGUUUUGAAAACGACCGCCUCUUCGAAGCUUCAAGUAGCCACGUCCCCGGGCCGGACUGUCGGGGCUGUGACGCGGCUUACGGGGUUCAACGCGAUCCUCGAGACACCACCGACCCAGAUAUUCACUACGGGAUCAUCGCAUCCGGCAAUACGCUUGUCAAAGACGCCGCUGCACGCGAUCGGAUCGUUGCCGACGUCGGCGAAGAUUGCAUCUGCUUCGAGAUGGAAGCAGCCGGCCUAAUGAACCACUUUCCCUGUCUUGUGAUCCGAGGGAUCUGCGACUACGCCGACUAUCACAAGAACGAUCGAUGGCAACGCUACGCCUCGGCCACCGCCGCUGCGUAUGCCAAAGAGCUCCUGGCGUACGUGCCGGCUGCGGAGGUCCAGGAGACCAAGAGGGCACUGGAAGUGCUUCAGUUGGUUCAACAACAGAUCGAUGACGUGCAGCAGACGACAGUUGCAACGAAAGCUGCAACUGAUUCCAUCAGGUCUCACCUUCGUGCCGAUAAGAUCAAGCGCUGGCUCUGUCCCCCAGAUCCGUCUACAAACGUCAACCACGCGAUGAAGCUCCGCCAUGAGGGGACAGGUGCGUGGCUCCUAGAAAACCCAGUCUUCCAGAAAUGGCACUCAGGGGCGCGUCGACAUUUAUGGCUGAAUGGGCUCGCGGGAUGUGGAAAGACGGUUCUCAGCGCGACUGUGCUGGAUCAUCUCGCGAAAGGAGAUGACCGUCUUAUUCUUCGCUUCUUCUUUGACUUUAGCGAUACGGCAAAACAGACCUUGGAUGGCAUGCUGCGAUCCCUUGCUUUCCAACUUUACCAAAGCGGGGCUGGUGCAAGUCUUCUUGACGCCUCAUUCCAAGCACACCAGGGUGGCCGCGAUCAACCUAUUACAAAGACACUCGAGGACCUCGUGUACAAGAUGCUUGUAGUCCAGAAGAGAAGCUGUAUUGUUCUGGACGCCUUAGAUGAGUCAACAACAAGGGAUGAACUUCUCCGUUGGAUGAAGGACGUAGCGUCCUGGCCAAAGGUGGACGACGUCCAGCUGAUUUGUACUAGUCGGCCUGAAUCAGAGUGCAUGCGCGAGAUCCCCUCUUUGUUAGGUGUGGAUAAUUGCUUAGCACUCGACAAAAAGUCUGUCAACGCCGAUAUCCGAUCGUACGUCGCAGCGCAGCUUUCGCAACGACGUGGUUUUCGGGACAAGCCCUUAUCUCAGGAUCUCCUUGAGGAGAUCCAGAAGAAAGUUGGCGAUGGGGCCGACGGGAUGUUCAGGUGGGCGUUCUGUCAAUUGGACACUCUAGCUCGAUGUCGUCACGAGGCAGCCAUUGAGGAAGCUCUCAGGUCUUUGCCGCGGGACUUGGAAGGCACGUACCGACGCAUGAUUCAAUGCAUACCAACAGAGCUCAAAACCGAUGCGAUACGGCUCCUACAAUUCCUAGUGCACUCUAAGCGACCUCUUAGGCUGGCUGAGGCUAAAGAGGUAAUAGCGACGCAGAUCGAAAAUGAACCGCGAGGGUUUGACAUCAAGCGUCGACUAUUUUGCGACACUGAUGUUUUGGACUACUGCCCCGGCUUAGUGACGGUCGUUCACGCCACCUUUAAAGAGCUGCAUCUUGCCCACUUUUCUGUCAAAGAAUACCUUGUCAAGGCAGACCAGUUCAACAUCACAGUUGCCAGCAUGUCCAUUACGAGAACGUGCUUAACCUAUCUCACGGAUAUCAACAGUAGCCACAAAGAGAUCGAGCAGGAUUUUCCAAUGGCAAGAUAUGCGGCGGAAGUCUGGACAGACUAUGCUGCGUUGGCUCAGGCUUCAGAAGAUAUAGCUCGAGCAACGACCAGGUUCUUAGAAGAGGAAGCAACGUUUCAACGAUGGGCUCGUUUGUAUCAGCCUGAUAGGAAUUCGGAUCGUAAACCAGGUCCUCCACGAGGUUCCAGACUCUACUACGCUUGCUUCGUUGGGCUCGUAUCGCCUGUGCAAGACCUUAUCAGCAAGGGAGCAGACGUUAACCUGCAGGGCGGCGACUUUGGCAACGCUCUCUGUGCCGCCGCAGAACAAGGCCAUGAAGAGAUUACCAGACUGCUCUUAGACAAGGGAGCAGACGUUAACGCACAGGGUGGCCGCUUAGGCAAUGCCCUCUGUGCCGCCGCAUUUGAAGGUCAUGAAGAGAUUACCAGACUGCUCUUGAACAAGGGAGCAGAUGUUAACCUGCAGGGCGGCCCCUUUGAUAAUGCUCUCUGUGCCGCUGCAGAACGAGGCCAUGAAGGAAUUGUCAGACUGCUUUUAGACAGGGGAGCAGACAUCAAUGCGCAAGGCAGUCGUUUAAGCGACGCUCUUUAUGCCGCCGCGUAUCAAGGCUAUGAAGAGAUUACUAGACUGCUCUUAGACAAGGGAGUAGACGUCAACGCGUAG